CCACGUGUUCUAGUCAACGCGGAUUCGACGCCCCUCGCUUGCAAUCGCUCCAGUUCACUUUUUUCCAGCAACUCCGAGCCAAGGAAGAAUGAUCACAUUUAACCGCUCAGCGUCACUCCCAAUAGGUACUAGUAUUCGCCUGUAGUCUUCCCCGGCUUUACCAGUAAUGAUACACAUUUGAUCCAUAUUUUAUUACGGUUUUUCUUAGCCCUUUGUUGGAGGAUGAAUAACCUUGUCAGAAUAUAUUUUUUCUAGAUAGAGAACCCGUUCUUGGUCGUGAUGUGGGUACAUCGUUAAUUAAAGGGGUCCCCCGCGGCUCUCUGUAAUUGUCACCUGCAGUUGGUCCACCAAUUUGUAUAUUUAUUUAUUUUAUUCAACGGUGUUGCUCCAUGCAAAUCCCGGGGACUAUGUGAGCAUCAUGCUGGCGGUGCGAUGCCUGGUGUUCGCUGCAGUGAGUGCGCGGUUUGCCGUGACAGGCUGGAGCAGCUCGGUAAGCAAUAGAGGCGACGGAGAGACGUGGGAAUGGCAGCCUUCGGAGGAGCAGGGGGACCGGGGACCUGCUGUGGAGGAAGUCACUCAGCCUAAGCGGCUCCUGCAACAGAUCGACUCGGAGGGAGAGUUGGUUCACCUCCAUCUGGACACUCGAGUCAAGAACCACACCGAGGGAGCACAGCCUGUCCAUCUAGCCCAGAGCAGUUUCCUGGUGGAAGCCUUUGGCAAGUCUUUCAUCCUGGACUUGGAGCUGAACCACAAUCUCCUGUCUUCGGAUUAUGUGGAGCGGCACUUUGACAACGAAGGGAGGCCAUCUCAAAACAUGGGAGGGGAACACUGUUAUUACCACGGGCGACUGAGGGGGGUACCAGGCUCGUGGGUUGCUCUCUCUACCUGCCAUGGAUUACGUGGGAUGUUUUCCGAUGGGAACUUCUCCUAUGGGAUCGAGCCUGUUCUCAAUACCGGUGGGGAGAAGCAGAAUGAUCACGUGGUGUAUCGAAUGGCUGACCUGGACCUGCUACUGUCACUACAAUGUCCAGGUUGCUCAUUGAACAGCAGUGACACUGAAGGGAACUCUGUAAAUGACAGUGACCCUGCUGGUGAUGAUGGUAUCUUGUCGGAGCCGGAGGAGCCCGUCUUCACAGAGGAAGGGUUGAGCCGUUCAAAGAGACAGGUCAGACGAGGUCAACGCACAGUCCAGACUGAGACCAAGUACAUCGAGCUGAUGGUGGUGAACGAUCAUGACCUGUUUGUGCAGCUGCGUCGGUCGUCGUCGCAGACGAGGAACUUUGCCAAAGCGGUCGUCAAUAUGGCAGACGCGAUCUACAAGGACCAGCUCAACACGCGGAUUGUGCUGGUCGCCAUGGAGACGUGGUCAUCCCAGAACAUGGUGUCUGUGGGCAACGACCCCUUGCUGACCCUGAGGGACUUUAUGAAGUACAGGAAGGAGAGCAUCAAAGAGCGCAGCGAUGCCACACACCUCUUCUCGGGGAGGACCUUCCAGAGUAGCCGCAGUGGCACAGCCUACAUUGGGGGUAUCUGUUCCCUCACGCGGGGAGGAGGAGUCAACGAGUACGGCAACGUGGGUCCCAUGGCCAUCACGUUGUGUCAGAGCCUGGGGCAGAACAUUGGCAUGAUGUGGAACAAGGAGCGCCCUACGGCUGGGGACUGCAGGUGUCCCGACCCAUGGCUGGGCUGCAUCAUGGAGGACACCGGCUACUAUCUUCCUAGGAAGUUCUCACGCUGCAGUGUGGAUGAGUACCUUCGCUUUCUCCAGCAGGGUGGGGGCAGCUGCCUCUUCAAUAAGCCCAGCAAGCUGCUGGACUCUCCAGAGUGUGGCAAUGGCUUUGUGGAGGUGGGGGAGGAGUGUGAUUGUGGAUCCCAUGUGGAGUGUGCGCGGAGCGGAGGAGCCUGCUGUAAGAAGUGCACCUUGACCCACGACGCCAUGUGCAGCAAUGGCCUCUGCUGUAGAGGUUGCAGGUACGAGCUCAGGGGGGUGACGUGUCGCGAAGUGACCAACGACUGUGACGUCCCGGAGACGUGUCCCGGAGACUCCAGCCAGUGUCCUCAUAAUGUCCACAAACUGGAUGGUUACAUGUGUGAAGCUGGCCAGGGUCGUUGUUUCGGAGGUCGCUGUAAGACCAGAGAUGGACAGUGCAGAGGUCUCUGGGGCCACAACUCAGCCGACCGUUUCUGCUAUGAGAAGCUGAACUCCGAGGGCACAGAGAAGGGCAACUGUGGCCGUGACGCCAGUGGCCAGGGCUGGGUGCAGUGCAACAAGCAGGAUGUGCUCUGUGGGUUCCUGCUGUGUACUAACAUGUCUGCUAAGCCGAGGUUUGGAGAUCUGCAGGGGGACCUCACUAGCCUAACCAUCUACCACCAGAACAGAUACCUGGACUGCCGUGGCGGCCACGCGGUGCUGGAGGAUGGCUCGGACCUGGGCUAUGUGGAGGACGGGACGCCUUGCGGUCCCAACAUGAUGUGCCUGGACCGCCGCUGCCUCCCGGUGCCCACCUUCAACCUCAGCACCUGCCCCGGAUCCAGCAUCUGCUCCCACCAUGGGACCUGCAGUAAUGAGGUGAGGUGUAUUUGUGACGCGGACUACACUGGGAAAGACUGCAGCGUCUAUGACCCAAUCCCUGACCCCACCCCUCCAGAGGGCCCUGAGAAAUAUAAGGGUCCCAGUGGCACCAAUAUCAUCAUAGGCUCCAUCGCAGGGGCAAUUCUGUUGGCAGCUAUAGUCCUAGGGGGGACCGGAUGGGGAUUUAAGAACAUCCGAAGAGGAAGAUCUGGAGGGGGAUGAAAACAUCUGUCCAUUUGCUGUCCUGUCUUCCUUGCCCUGUGUCCUGUCCACUUUGAGGAGAGAAAUCCAAAGGUGUCUUCCGUUCUCUUCAACUACAACUCUCACAAUUCUCCCUGUCACGGUUCCUUUCCUUUUCCAUUUUCUGUAUUUCCUGUCAAUCUUCCAGCCACAGACGUCUCACUUUUUUGCCUUCGGUAAAGGUUUAACCUGAAAUACAUUCCCCGAAACCUUGACCGAUAAGGGCCCCACAUUGUGUCACAUAGAAAUAGAUACAUUUGUGUUUUAUCACCAUGUUGUGUGUGUCAUAUCCGAAAUGUAUGUUUGUCCCCAUUGACUCCCCAUAGUUUUCUUUUUCUAUGAGGAUGUUAGACCAAGCAGUCCAGGACAUGUAUACUCUCCAUACAAGUGCUUGUACUGAAGUUAUAUCAAUUUUGACUUAGUCUUUCCUGCCAUUUAGACUUUUCUACUGGACUAUGGCGCUUUAAAAAAAUAUUUCCUGCGACGAGGGAGGAAGAAUGAAUCUGAUAUCCUAUGUAGGGCUGCUCGUAAGCUUCUAUCUCUAGUUGCAAUUUACUCGUGGGGUCGUUCAACAAGCUGACAAAUACCAUACAGCCUACGACAACCAUGUAGGAUGUAUGGUCAAAUAAUAAUAAUAACAACAUAUGGGACCCAGCGGGCAAAACGGGUUGAAAUUAUGUCAUUACAACCUGAACAGAAAUGUUGACAGUUUUGUCCGCUUUGUAGAUCAUACAAUACGUCUCGUCUCCAAAGACAGUUAUCGUAGCUCUUUGGUUAGUGAUGGUGACAUGACGGCAUGGUUGGGUUAAUUGCGUACUCUGCUUAGCUAGGCAUUUCUAUUAACAUACCAACAUAACCAUCAUUUAUAUUCUUCUAGUAUGUUGCUCUCCAGUAUCAAACAGUAAUCUAGCGUUAAUCAGUUAUCCAAUCGAACAUAAUAUGCAUAAACGUAUGAAUGUGUAGCUCAACCUUGCGAGUGGGCGAAUGCUUGUCGCAAUCUCUGUCUCGAUAUCAAGUGUACGUUUUGCACGGAGACGGCUAGCUAGAUGAAAUAGUCUAUUGCACAUACACAUCCAGACGUCAAAUGUGUAUUGUACUUGUAUAAUAUGUAAUCCAUAUAGAGAUUGAGUGUGAAUACAUACAUGUAUGCUGAAUAUGGGUGCUUUUAGUACAUCAUGUAUAUUCUAGGCGCUCAGAUGUUUUCGACAGCUGGGACAUAGUCGUAGCUGCUCAAAUGAAAGCACAUGUUUGUGAGUGGACUCAAAUCGUUCCUCUUUUUCAGUAUCUUGCAUCAAUGGGAGAUUCCGUAUACGCAAGAAGUUUAUAUAUUUGAGCUUCAUUACAAUGGUAUUUGUAUUUACAUUGACAUACUGUCAUUCAAUUAAGUACUUACAAAGUCAAAUCAAGCGGCCCUUUGAUUAAAGGGACAGUACACCCAAUUUUAGUGAAAUUUGCCUUCACCUAGAAUCCCUUGACUACUUUCAAAGACAGAUGAGCUUGAGUAAGAAAAACAGUGGUAGCUUGUGUGUGCCGCUGUCUCGCUCCUUCCUCUCAGUAACUAAUGACUAUUGUUUUAGGUUCCGAGUGUAUUCUGCGUGUCACCAAACACAGACCUACCUCUCCAUUACAGGUUCUGGUCAUGUUUAAAGUUACACUGCCAGCCUAAAGUAGCAUCAAGUAUACUUGAACUCUUAUUUAAUCUGUAUCUCUAUGUGUAUUCAAAAAUGUUAGUCAAGAAUGGACAUUUCAGGAAGCUUACCAUCACAGUCCAUUUACUCUUGUUGUUCGACUCAUAGGAUAUCGCAAACAAUUGUUCGCUUUUAGACUUGAAUGUAAAUACUUCCGGUGUAUAAAACAAUGUGUAUGACCUUUUAACAUUUUUUUCAUACCGUGGCCUGUUGGUGUUUUUGUGGAGGCGUCUCUGUCGUAUGUUAUUGUAUAGUUGCCAGUGACUGAAUUCGGGGAGUUCCCUGAAUGAAAAUUUAAGCCUGAGCCUGUUCUCGGGAUCUUCCUCUUGCCUUUUUGUUAUUUUAUAUGUUUAAUGUAGGCUGGCUGUUCAAAUUCGCGGUUGUUAAAUAGGCUACCGUGUCGUUUGUUUUUAAUGUAGGUAUUUUACAUUCCAUGGGUAAGAUGACAAAAUAGCCUUUUUAAAAGUUGAACCGGGGACAAUUUACAAUGCCACUGUCGAUGAAAACACCUAGCGGGUUAGGAACAGACAACAUCUUUUAAUAUCGAUCCUCCUGCCUGAAAGAGUAACUGUUGACAUGUCUGGUUCUGGCCUCAUUUGCUGCUGGCCUUUCGUGUGCCUUGUUCAUCCUGACACGGCCUCCUUAAGAUCUGCCUUGGAGGCCAGUGAACCUUUUCUCAGUUCAACAGGAUACUCGAUAUGCUCUUCUUUUUUUUUUGUAGAAAUAAGAGAAUGCCGGUUGAUAUUAAAGUUAUCCCCUAUGUAAGAUUCCUACUAGUCACACCAAGCCUUCCAGGUUAAGUCCGGCUUUACAGUUAAAAUGAUACAGUAUGUGGUCGAGCCAAUGGUAAUUGGGAAAUUGUGAUAUAAUGACGACGGACGUCAACAAAUAGGCUUACCAGUUCACAUAUUUUGCCCUGUUCUUAUUCAGGGCACUUGUUCACAAUAGUGUUGCUUGGUAACCGUAUAUCCCUAAAAGUGUGUAAUGUGUAAACAGGAUAGGGAUAUAGAAAAUAAAUGAGGAAUGAUUUUUAUUUCCGUUCCACCUUUACACUGACACACAAUUACCCUUUUUCUCAGGCUACUGUCCGUUAUGCUGUUUGAUAGACUAGCUAUGAAGAUUUAGUGGAGCUUUGUCGAAACUAUAUUUUGUAAGUGAUCAAAUAUGGUGAUUCGUUUGUUGUUUUGGGACCAUUAAUACACUGAGCACUGUGUUAUCGGAAAUUCUUGAAUUUAAUAGACCGUUUAGGAGUUGACCAAAAGACUGCUUUGGGGUUGACAAAAAGGUUGUUUCGGGUUGACCAGAAAUGUGGAGACAGAUUAAUACAGGCGAUGUGGUAGACCUUAAUCAAGAGAUAAUAGCCAAAUGGCCCUCUGUCAUCCAAAUGUUUGAUCUCUUUAGUCUAAUUUCUAGUUUUUCAUUUGACCCCCACACAGUCUUGGCAGACUUACCAACCCUCCUGAGUGGAGCACUUAACAGCCUUUGUAUGAGUGGAAUAGCAUUGGUGGAAUAGCAUUGGCUGUACAUAUAAACAUAAUCCAUGUGUAUUUGUACAAUAUAUGCAGAGGUAUUCAUAAAACCAUUUGUAUUGGACUGACCUAUCAAAUACCAGUGUACUUAGAUAACCUGCAAUAUCUUUAAAUAGCAGACUUGGAACCACAACAGUGAAAAUGUGUACAUUUUGUGUAUAAUUAACUGUGCAUUGCUUCCCGGCCUAGUGAUUCCAGGAUACGUAUUGCAUUUCUAUAGAAUAGCGUCGCUUUGAGGUUAUUUACUUUUGGUGUACUGUUUAGGACUUGAGUUCGACUUAUCCUUUUUUCCAUGUGUGAUGUGUGCAAAUUCUCUAGUUUUAUUUAUUUAUUUUGACCUCCCUGCAACUGUAUAUUUGAAUUACAAUUCUGGAACAGAUAUCGAUUAUUGACUUCAUAUGUUUUUUAAGACCUAAUAGGAACAGGUGAUAACAUUUUAACGAUGAGAAAUUGGGGAAGAGAAUGAAGAGAAAUAAAAAUUGAAGUGUGAAAACGCA